AAAGAGGAGCGCGGACGCCUUUUCCCUCCCCUCCUCCAGCCCCCCCUCCCGGGAACACCGGUGCCAUUGGAUGGAGAGAGGCGCCUGAAGCAGGGAGAGCGGUGGAGCUGGGCUACUCCUCCUCCCGACUGCACCAAAAAGAAAACUCUGGGCUGGCUGCAUCACCAUGUCCUCAGCUAACAGUGAGGAUAUAACAGGCUACCAUCUGAGUGUGGUGCGUAACCCGCCAGGCUGGGAGGUGGGGAUUUACCUGGUGGGGUUCUUCGUGCUGCUCGCUGUGGCUGGGCUCAAUAUCUGGAAACUGUGGAAAUCUGGAACCUUCCCUGCACCCUCCCCGUUCCCCAAUUUUGACUACCGCUAUCUGCAAGAAAAAUAUGGAACCUCCUUCUCAGAAGUCAGGCAAAAGAGAGUGGCAGCCAACAACCACCGGCGGGCCUCUACGGCCUCCAGUCGAAAGGCCAGUUUCGCCCUCAGUGACACACCAGACGGCUUCAGGGACCUGGGCCAAUUGGAGCUGAUGAGCAGGGAGCUCGAUCCCACCGGCAUGGCUCAGCUUAACCGCUCCAUCUCCACUGACUCACUCAGCUCGAUCUCGUCCAUCGCCAACAACUUCGGUCACGACUUCACUGUUGGCCAGCUGGAAGUGACCCUGGACUUUGAACCAUCCAGGCAGCCAGGACAGGGAGCGGGUAUGCUCCACAUCACUUUGCACCAGGGCAAAGACCUGCUGGAGAAGGAGGAGGGAGACUUCCCUGGCUGCUUCAUCAGAGUGUCACUGGGGCCGGAGGAGCUCAGCGUGGGGAUGACCAGAGUGCAGACGAACGCUUUCACCGUGAUUUUUGAUGAGCGUUUCUCCAUCCCGAUGGACUUGUCCAUGUUGGAAGAAUACAGUCUGCGCUUUGCUGCUUUUGGUAUUGAUACUGACGAACGAAACAUCAGUGCUGGAAUAGCAGAGCUCAAGCUGUCAGACCUGGACCUGACCAUCAGACCAUUUAACGCCUGGCUCUACCUUCAAGAUGUCAAUAAGGCUGUAGAUGCAGUUGGGGAGAUCUUACUGUCUCUCAGCUACUUGCCGACAGCAGAGCGCCUCACGGUAGUUGUAGCCAAGUGCAAGAACUUGGUGUGGACCAACGGCAAGACCACAGCAGAUCCAUUUGUGAAAGUGUAUCUGCUGCAAGACGGCAGGAAGAUCAGCAAGAAGAAAACUUCCACCAAAAGGGAUGACACUAACCCCAUCUUUAACGAAGCCAUGAUCUUCUCUGUGCCAUCCAUCGUUCUGCAGGAGCUCUCUCUGAGGGUGACAGUGGCUGAGGUCACCGACGAUGGGCGUGGCGACAACUUGGGUCAUGUGAUCAUUGGCCCCGAGGCGAGCGGGAUGGGGAUCACCCACUGGAACCAGAUGCUAGCUACUCUGAGGAAACCUGUGUCCAUGUGGCAUCCUCUGCGCAGGAUCUAGUCCUCUCAGCGCGGCACCAAUGUCCUCCUUUAGCAUAUCGGGUUUAACACAAAACACUUGCUUGGUCAUGUUCCUUAUUUGGUGUCAUUCUCCAACCUGUUACACCAUUUUAAAAACACAGAAUGUGCAUCAGGGUUCACAGGAGGACACUGUGGGCAUGGUUUCUGCUAAAUAAUGAACUGGAAGAAAAGGCUUUUCCUAUAAAGGUGAGGAGACAGAACAGCCAGACUGUAUCUCCUUUGUUAUUGUUUGAUUAUUUAAAAGG